UAUGCUGUGAUGUGUCAAUCUGACAUGACAAGCGCUUCAUUUGUUCAAUAGAUUCUGAAUCUGUGCCCCAUAGUUUGAGAACGCGGGUGUCGAGAUUCGGAUUAUUAUUUAUUAUAGUUAAAACAGUGCAUCUUUAAAGUUCAAAUGCUGCAGAGAUACAAUUAAUAUUGAGGAUUGAUAUCUGUUAUAUAUCAAGUAAGAAGCUUCAGAAUGUCAAGUCAAUUAGAACCUGUAAACGACGAUACUAUACUAUGUUGGUUUUACUCUCCUAAACUUGGAACUGAUGGUGCAUUAUGGCAAAAUAUGUGUAAGCAGAUAAAUGACUAUGUCAAGAGUUUAUGUCGAGAUUAUAUAUGGCAUCGAGACGAGUUUCGUGUAUUUGUUCCUAUUAUGAAAGAUAACGACAAAACAGGGGUACCUUUACAUCUAUGCAGCAAUACGUGUUUUGGUGAUAACAUAGAAGAUGAAUGGUUUAUAGUUCAUGUUUUGCUAGAAAUUUCGAAGCAAUACUCAGAUUUAAUAAUUCAAGUAAAGGACAAUGAUGGUGACUUUCUUUUGAUAGAAGCAGCAAAUUAUUUACAAUCUUGGGCAAAUCCAGAAAACACAGCUAACAGGGUAUUUAUACACAAUCAUCACAUCCAUUUAAUCCUACCAGAAGUGAUUGCUUUAAAUACAAAUUUGGGCUUAGAUGAAGCUAUACUGAAAAUUGCAAACUCACCAGAGUUGACACAGGCAGCACAUAGUAUUGAACAAGCAAUCCUAAGUCGAAUUGGAAAAUACCCUGACAAAAUAUUAGAAAACAUUCAUAGAACCAUAGUCAAGGUGCCCUCUACAUUAGCAACAAUAUUGACCUUACAACCAUCACUUAUCUCACCAAUUGUUGAUGCAUAUUGCAACCAUGACAGUGUAGAUGUAAAAGCUUGUAAAAAAAUUGACUAUGUUGAUUGUGUUGAUGUUGAAGUAAGAUUUACGAAAUUUUUAUAUGCAUCUCUUGUACAUUCCAAACUUAUUAAUCAAGCUAAGUACCAUGGGAAUGAUAAAAAGACACUCUUGGGCUUGAAAUUAACAUGUGGAUAUCAAAUGCUAAUGAAUAAAGCUUCAGUUGCUGACCCACUGUUAUCAAAGGAAUACCAAACAUUCAUACAGAGUUUAAAACUAAAUGGAUAUUUUAAAAAUAACAUCGAAGGGUCUAAUGGUUACCAGCAAUUACUAAAAACAGCUCAACAUUACUUUUCUUCAAUAGAAUGUCCGGUAAGAUCGAAUGUAUUUCAUCAUAAUGUUACAGAACUUAUGAAGUCAAGUAAAUUUAUUGAAUUGAACAGUACAUUGAAGAGUAGUUCAGGGGAGCAUUUCACUGGUGUCGAAGAUAGUGAAGAUUGGCUAAAUAUAAAUCCUGAAGAAUUAAAUGACUUUCUGUAUUCGCGUUAUGGGAAAGCAACUAAGUUAAAAAACAUUGAUGACAUUUCAUCUCAAACUCUUACACAGGAAUUAACAUCUUUUCUUAAGCAAACAUCUGACUUUGAAGGAAUAGAACGAGAACACAUUGAUGAGUCAGAUAUUAAUGAGAUUGAUUUUGAAUCAGAUCAAUUUGUAUCAUGUAUAGAAAAAAUGUUGAAGGUGUUAAGUACGCAUAGUAAAGAGGUAACUGAGAGUGUAGAAAGUGAAGAUGAUGAAAUGUUUUACAAUGAUGAUGAAGAUGACGAAAGUGAGGAUUGUGAUAAAGAACUAAAGGUAAAACUUCAAAAUAAUCCAAUGGAAAAUUUGCAAGCUGAGACUACCAUAAUGGCAAAUAUAAUGCAGAGCAUGAAGGAAGAAAAAGCAUCAACAGGACCAACAAGUAAUCUGUUGCAGUCUAUUGGAAUAACAAAACCUGAAUUUAUCGAUUCUGAUGACGAUUAGUCCUUAUAAUAAAAUGCUAUAUUAUAUAGUUCAAAAAUAAAGUAUCAAUAUACCUGCAAAUGUUCAGAUGGAGCAAUAUCUGUAA